AUGGAACCUGCUUUUGUUAUCCAAAAAAGUCUAGAAUGUUCACGUUGUGGGGAAUAUGUCACUUAUUAUUGUAAGACAUGCGAAUCUAAUCUUUGUGGAGAGUGUAAGAGAAAACAUUUUAAUAAUACUGAUACUGGAAACCACAGUGUUGUGAUAUACCGUGGAAAGUUUAAAAAAUGCAUUGAAGAAUUAUGUGAAGAGCACCCUAAAGAGAAGUACAUACAGGUCUGUAAAGUUUGUGAAGUACCUGUGUGUAAAACGUGUAAGAGAAAGAAUUGCCAUAAGAAUCACAAAUUUCAGGAUUUACAAGUGGAGAAACAAAACAAAGAUCUCGAGACGUCUACCACAGAACUCCAAAAUACAAUUCUUCCCCAAUAUCGUGGAGUUCAAGAUGAGAUUAUUAGAGAAAAAGUAGAUUUUAAAGAAAAAGCGGACAAAAUUAUGGGGAUAAUGGAAUCUAAUGCACAUAUUUUGGAAAACUACAUCAGAAAGACUUUGGAGGAAAACCGAUGUAGGUUAAAUCGGGAGUUGCAAAAAUUUAGCAAGGAAGAAAAACGUGUAGAUCAUCAUAUCACUGAGUUACAAAGCUUGUUAGACAGCUACGAAGAAUCUACGAGCAAACCAGCGGAAUUUUUGCUUCUUUCAAAGAAAAGACCACUACCUGAUUGUAUGCGUAAGUUUAUCAUACCAAAGGUGCCCUCCUUUGUAGCUGAGGUGAACAUAACAAAAGAUGAUGUAGAAAAACUACUUGGUAAACUCACAGUGGAGAAAAAGGAAAUAAAACCCUCUUAUGAACACCUUUACCGACUGAAAUUAAAAGCGACAAAAGAAAUUACAGUAUCAGUCUCGGUUGAGAAUAUUCGACAUAUCUCUUGUGUGGGAAUCAAAAACUGGGUAUGGGUUAGUGGUAGUGAAUAUUUAGUAUUAGUGGACAAAACAGGAGAUAAACUAAAUGAAUAUGAGAUAAACUCUGGUUUUGGUUGUCAUUCAGUAGCGUCAGAUUGCAGAUUGUACUAUCUCAGUAAAAAUGGAAAUAUCUGUACAGAUAGGAAAAAAGAUGUAAUAAAAGCUUCACAAAGAUGGAAAAUCUGCAGUAUCUAUUGCUCUUGUAAAAACAGUGCUAUUAUCGUUGGCAUGAAAAGAGGCUCAGAAGCAAAGCUGAUGAAAUAUGAUAACUCUGGAAAUCCAACUGCAAUAGUUCUGUAUGACAGUAAAAGAAACCAAUUGUUUAUUUCUCCAGAUUAUAUCACUGAAAACUGUAAUGAUGAUAUUGUAGUUUCUGAUUCUGGAAAACUUGCUGUUGUUGUGACAGACUACGGUGGAAACCAUCGCUUUAGCUUCACUGGAUGUUCUUCAUCCAUGUCAAAAUUCAACCCAAGGGGAAUCUGUACCGACAUACUUUCAAAUAUUUUGGUGUGUGACAUUAAAACAGAAACGAUACAGAUAUUAAACAAGGACGGUACAUUUAUCCAGUAUUUGCAGACAGAUGACCAAGACUUCAGAUGCCCAUAUAGUCUGUGUUAUGACCUGGAAAAUCAGCUACUUUGGAUUGGUGGACUGGACAGUAAUAUGUUAAUUGCUUACAGAUAUUUAGAACGUCAACUCUAA